AUGGCGGAGAAACUGGCACCCGAGAAACGCCACAACUUAUUUCAUAACGGUUCCAUUCGAUUCGUCGAAUCGUUGAGACAAAUUGUUCUUGAGUACAUAUAUAUGGGUGUUCAUUCUUUUUUUAAACGGUGGGUGAAUCAUUUGUUCAGGUCAGAAGGUUUUCGAGUGGGAUCAAACGCUGGACGAGGUAAUAAUAUCUACAUCACUCUGCCCCCAAAUGUACCCACCAAGCUCUUCUUCUGCAAAAUACAGUCCGACAUGUCGAAGUUGCAUGAUCUCUGCUCUCCAAUAAAGGCUGAUUCUUCAUUUUGGACUACAGAAGAUGACCCGAUGCACAGCUUGUUAUGA